UUGAAGUACGAUUAGAUUCAACUCAACGACUUAUACGUUUGACUGCUUGCACACGAACAGAUCAGAACGGUAACAUCAGAAGCUAGAAACUUUAAAAGCUACAUUGCCCAACAAGGUGACAUGCAGUAAUAUUUCUGUAGUGGUGUGUCCAUGCCUGUCAGAGCCAGCAUCUUCCUCUUCUGUUUAGUUUGGAUAACUAUGGCCCAGCUCUUGGCACAAGAAGAAAAAGAAAAAACUACUGCACUAAAAGAUUUACUGUCCAGGAUAGAUUUAGAUGAGCUGAUGAAAAAAGACGAACCUCCACUGAACUUUCCUGAAACUCUGGAUGAGUUUGAAUAUACCUUCAAUGAGCAUGGUCAGUUGAGACACAUACACACAGGGGAGCCAUUUGUCUUCAACUAUAAAGAGGACCUGCAUAGAUGGAACCAGAAAAGAUAUGAAGCGCUUGGAGAGAUCAUUACAAAGUAUGUUUAUGAACGCUUGGAGAACGACUGCAACCUGAAGAAGGAGAUCCUCCCUGUUGAUGCAACUGAGGAUGAACCAAAAAGCUUUAUUUACAUGAGCGAGGAUGCCCUCACUAACCCAGAGAAGAUCAUGGUUCUCAUCCAGGGCAGUGGAGUGGUAAGGGCAGGCCAGUGGGCUCGGCGCCUCAUCAUUAAUGAAGACCUCAACAGUGGGACGCAGAUACCCUUCAUUAACCGCGCCAAAGAGGAGGGCUACGGGGUGAUUGUGCUGAACCCCAACGAGAACUCUCUGGAGGUGGAGAAGGUUCCGGAUCCAGCCAACAAACCGUCCCCGGAUGCCUCUGAUGAGCCGGCUGAAAAGAGAGAGAGGAAGGAAGAGCGGGAGAACAAGAAAAAGAAGGACUUUUAUGAGAAGUAUCGCAACCCACAGAAGGAAAGAGAGAUGGAGCACAUCCCGAUACGAGAAAACAGCACUCCUGAGGAACACACACUCUAUGUGUGGGACCACUUCAUCUCUAAAUCACUUGCGAAAAACGUCCUCAUCGUGGCACACAGCUAUGGAGGCUUGUCAUUUGUGAAUUUGAUGAUUCAGCGAGAAGCAGAAGUGAAGAAUCAUGUCCGUGCGGUGGCCAUGACUGACUCUGUCCAUAACGUCUGGCACCAGGAGGCCAACAAGUCCAUUCGGGACUGGCUCAGAGAGCACUGCUGUAACUGGGUGUCGAGUCCUGAGCCCCUGGAUACUCUGGUGGACCCCAUGCUUAACGAUUGCCCUCGUGUUUCAGCAGGUACUGAGAAGCACGAGUUAACAUCAUGGAAGAGCUUCCACUCCAUCUUCAAGUUCUUCAGCGAUGCCCUUAAGGACCACGAGGAUGAGUCCUCCUCCAGUCCGGUCACCACACGCAGCUCACACCGCAUAAAAAACGAAGACUUAUAGAGGGCUCACAGAUCCCAAACCAGAGCCCACCUUCGUCCCCUCUUAGUUCUUUUUCUCCUCCGUUCUUUUUAUGAAAAAUAUUCCUCCUUGAAGCCCUCCUCCCAGUAAAUUGUACGACUCUGAGGAGUGCAGGGUCAGCCUGUAUACAUCAGAAUAGCGUUUUGCAUUACUUCUGGAUGAGUGCAACUGUCAAAGCAAUAUGGCUUCACUGCUUGUGCCUCCUGUGGGCCGCUGUGUGGAUUUGGUGGUGGCCCAUCGGUGGCCAGAUUAAGGCUGACAGGCAGCGCCGCACACCGCCUCUUGAUGCACCUCUAAUUAUCCUGACAUUGUCCUGAACUGAGCUAAUGCCUGGGAAGCACCUGCACACACACACACACAAGUCUGGCGAGUCCUAGUGCCUGCCUACUAAGUCUUUGUAUCUCUCUUUGGUCCUCGUCUGUUUUUAAAUCCCUUAAAACCUUGUGCGAGCAUGAGUUUUAGGAAUAUCUCCCUUUGACAGAGCAGAUAUGUGAGUCUUGGAAUAUCUUCGUAUGUGUCAGGAUCAGGACGGUUUAAUGUUAUCCAAAGCCAUUCCUUAAGGUGUUUGCAAAUGUAACCUGCCCUUUUUGCGAAGUCCAUGACUAUUUGGACUGUUUUAACACAUCAUUGUCAUCCUCUGCUAAAGCUGAAGCAUGUUAUGUUACUGUCUCAGCAAAGACAAGAGACAUUGUCUCCUGGACAAUUUGGUAUUAAUGGAGGCUUAAAGAUAUGUCAUUCAGGCAUGUCAACAGAUCACUCUGCUUUCGCUUAAAAAUUAAUCUCACAGUAAAAGGCUGUUUUGGUCUCAUCACUUUUUAGAAGUAUCAUUGCUAUUUCAGAUU